CCCGCCUGGCGGCCCGACUCUGGCUCCGCCCAUGAGUGUGGCCCACAGGGGACUACUAGGUGCGUGCGGCCUGCGGGUGGAGCUGAGGCCGACGCGUGCUUCUGCCGUACUAUCCCGCAAAAAGAAAAAAAACAAAACAGCAAACGUGACCGGAAGCCACAGCAUGCUGAUCCCAUUUUCAGUGAAGAAUGGCUUCCAGUUACUUUGUAACCACAAGGUCCCAGCAGCUGGCUUUAAAAACACAGCAAAAAAUGGGCUCAUUUUACAGUCAAUCUCCACUGAUGUUUAUCAAAACCUGGCUGUAGAAGACUGGAUCCAUGAUCAUAUCAAUCUAGAUGGCAAGCCUAUUCUUUUCCUCUGGAGAAAUUCUCCCUCUGUUGUAAUUGGUAGGCAUCAGAAUCCUUGGCAGGAAUGUAACCUGAAUCAGAUGAGAGAAGAAGGUAUAAAACUGGCUCGGAGAAAAAGCGGAGGAGGAACAGUCUACCAUGAUAUGGGUAAUAUCAAUUUGACCUUCUUUACAACUAAAAAUAAAUAUGAUAGAAUGAAGAAUCUGAAAUUAAUUGUGCAGGCUCUGAAUUCUGUCCAACCCCAGCUGGAUGUGCAGGCUACAAAAAGAUUUGAUCUUAUACUUGAUGGACAGUUUAAAAUCUCAGGAACAGCUUCUAAGAUUGGCCGGACUUCUGCUUAUCACCAUUGUACCUUACUGUGUGGUACUGACGGGGCCUCUUUGACUUCCUUCCUAAAGAGUCCUUACCAAGGGAUCAAGAGCAAUGCUACUGUUAGCAUUCCUGCUGUAGUGAAAAAUCUUUUGGAAAAAGAUCCCACACUAACGUGUGAAGUACUGAUGAAUGCUGUUGCUGAAAAGUAUGCUGCUUAUCAUCAAAUUGAUAGUCAUAUUAACCUAAUAAACCCAACAGAUGAAACACUGUUUCCUGGACUAAAGAGCAAAGCCACGGAACUACAAACUUGGGAGUGGAUAUAUGGAAGAACUCCAAAGUUUAGUGUAAACACUUCUUUUAAUGUAUUAUAUGAACAGUCACAUGUGGAAAUUAAAGUAUUCAUAGACAUAAAGAAUGGAAGAAUUGAAAUAUGCAACAUUGAAGCACCAGAUCAUUGGUUGCCACUGGAAGUAUGUGAUACAUUAUGUUCAAGUUUUAUUGGCAGCAAGUUUUGCCCAAUAGAAACUACUUUCAUGACAAAUGUGCUACUUAAAACAUAUCCAGAAGACUAUGAACUACACAGUAAAUGGAAUAUCCUCUGUGAAAAAAUCAAAGGAAUAAUGUAAAUCCAAUUAGCUUUCAUUUACUGGAAUUCAAAUUGUCUGGGAUUUGAAUUUGUGGCCUCACACUCUAGUUCAUCUUGUUUACUCAACGGUUGGCAUUCUACCUCUUGAAUCACACUGACAAUGUGGCAUUUUUGCUGAUUAAUUACAGAUGGAGUCUUGCAGGACUUUUCUGCCCUUUCAUCUUCAAACUGAAGUGCUCAGAUCUCUACUGAGUAAGUGAUUACAGGUGUGAGCCACUGGUGCACAGCUGGAAUAAUAAAAAAAAUUUAUAAUAAUAAAAGGCUUAGCCUCUUUUAGUACUUCCGAUUUGAAAUUGUUUAUUACCUAGCCUAACUUUUUCUGUUGGGCUCUAGGAUACUCAUAACUUUGUCCAUUGUUUUAAAACCUGGUACACAUAUUUUAGCUGUUUUUAUGUCUAAUAUGAUUGCAUAUCAUAUUAGACAGUCUUAACUACACAGUUCU